AUGGCCGAGGACAAGGAAGACGCCAUUGAAGAGGAGGAGGGCACAGAGCUGGAACUGGAAGCCCUCUACAGGCGGUAUUGCGUGCGACUUAAGCAUUCGCUGUUCGUGUCUGCGCUCUGCGUUACUCUGCUCUGCUGCGCUGCGCUACUCUGCGCUGUGUGUGUGUUGCAUUCGCAUGAGCUAUCGUCGCAGGUGAAGGCCAUCGCCACGCUUUCGGUGAUAACCUUCGUGCUGCUGGUCGUGCUCGCUAUGGCGCUGCUGCCGGCCGCUGCUGAGUGGGAGGCGCUGGCUCUGACGGGCUCGGUGCUGGUCACCCACUGUCUCGGCGCCGGCACCCUGAUGGCCACGCACCACGCGCCGUUGCCGCUCUUCGCGCUUAUACUGAUGGUGCACACCAUGAUGCCGAUAGCGCGUCGUAUCGCCUUAAUCAUGUCUGCGGCCUUGACCCUGGCUUACAUGGGCCUGGCCAUCGGCCUAGGGCCCGAAGGCCAAGAAGAGCAAUUCUAUCAACAGUUGAUCUGCGAGCUCGCCCUCCUGCUGUCGGCGAGCGGUAUCGGCCUGUACUACCGCGUGCUAACUGAGCGCGCCCACCGGAACACGUUCGCCGGUACCAGGACCUGCCUCGAGCAGCGCGUGAAGCUGGAGUGCGAAAGAGAGCAGCAGGAGAGACUCCUCCUCUCUGUCAUACCCGCCUAUAUCGCAGCCGAGGUAAGUGAC